AUGUCUACCUCCGAGCUUGCAACCUCUUACGCCGCUCUCAUCCUCGCCGAUGACGGCGUCGAUAUCACUGCCGACAAGCUCCAGUCUCUCAUCAAGGCCGCAAAGAUCGAGGAGGUCGAGCCCAUCUGGACAACCCUUUUCGCUAAGGCUCUUGAGGGCAAGGAUGUCAAGGACCUGCUUCUGAACGUCGGCUCAGGCGGCGGCGCUGCCGCUGCUCCUGGUGCUGGUGCUGGCGGUGCCGCCGCUGCUGGCGGUGACGCCGCACCCGCAGAGGAGGAGAAGGAAGAGGAGAAGGAGGAGUCAGACGACGACAUGGGCUUCGGUCUCUUCGACUAA